AUGUCCGCCAACGUCAACUUGACCCGAGGCACCGACGGCCUACUGUACUACCAAGACAAUCACGGCCACUGGCAUCUCUACUCGUCGUUGAACUAUUCGGAUCCGUCGUCCUACGUCACCAACCAGCAAUACUCCCAAGAUCCGAACCCUCCCAAAAACCCGACCUACCCGGAGGGAUUCGAGUACGAUGAGGAGAGAGCUGAAGCCGGAAGCUUCCAAGGGAACCCGCACGAGAGCAACGAGGAAGCUCGUCACGCGACUUCAUCUUCGCGAAGGCAAUAUGACGACAGGGUGGCCAAAUAUGUCGAGGAUCAGAAGAGAGACAGGAAACACCGAGACAGACCACGCGACAACACACGAAUUAGGCAUCACAAGAAAUCCACCGAGAAGAAACUCGAUGACAUCUUGAAGCCAUUCAAGAGUAAAGGGUAG